AUGACUUAUGUACAUCCCUGCUAUGUAAUAGAUGAUUACAGUUAUGUAUUGGCACGCACCUCUUCUGUUAUAUGUGUAUUAUUAUAUAUAUAUCUUUUGUUACUGUCUGUUGUUACAAUAUGUGGAAAUCUUCUGGUAAUAAUCUCCAUCAUUUACUUCAAGCAGUUCCACACUCCUACAAACUACCUUAUCCUCUCUCUAGCUGUGGCUGACCUGCUUGUUGGGCUUAUAGUCUUUCCUUUCAGCAUGGCAUUCUCUCUCAGCUCAUGUAUUUAUCAUGAAAAUGUAUUUUGCCAGAUACGAGGCAGCUUUGAUAUAUCACUGAGCACAUGCUCUAUUCUGAAUCUAUGCUGUAUUUCUAUUGACAGAUAUUACGCAGUGUGUCAGCCUCUGACAUACAAAAUUAAAAUAAAUCAUCACAUUGUUGUCAUCAUGAUUGUGCUGAGCUGGGGUGUUUCUGCUCUAAUAGGAAUAAGUGUCAUAAUUGCUGGAUUAAACAGUGAAGAAUGUGAGGAAUGGUGUUUAAUUGAUGUUCUUAUGUCAAACACUAUUGGACCUAUUUUAUCAUUUUAUCUCCCAGUCAUCAUAAUGCUCUGUAUCUACCUGAAGAUUUUCCUUGUUGCACAGAGACAGGUACGCAGCAUCCAGAACACAACCAGUCAGAGUCCAGAGUCCAGAGGAGCUGUCAGUAAGAUGGAGAGGAAGGCUACAAAAACUCUGGCUACUGUUUUGGGGGUUUUUCUUUUAUGCUGGGCUCCUUUCUUUCUUUGCACCACCUUUUUGCCUCUUACUAAUAAUUCUGUACCACUUCCUGUGAUUGAAACACUGAACUGGCUUGCACUGUCAAAUUCAAUGUUGAAUCCAUUUAUUUAUGCUUUCUUUUACAGCUGGUUCAGAUCAGCCUUCAGAACGAUUAUUUCUGGAAAAAUAUUCCAUGGUGAUUUUGCUAACUCAAAAUUGCCCUGA